AUGUGGCAAGAUAUAUUUAAACAAACCAGUAAAGCGAAUAAAAAUCAGAGUGUAAGAGAUGAGCUGGUUGAGUAUUUUCUAAUGAGUAUGUUACCAUAUGCAGCUGAAAGUUGGAAUUUUACACCGUUUGAAAGUGAUGGAAACCUCAUGUUUGUGACCGAGAAAGCUGAAGAAACUGAAGCCGUACCAGAUAAAAAUGGUUUCAGAUAUGCUGCAACUGAAGUUACUAGUGAAAUGAGUGAAUUGGAACCAUCUAAAUCUAGAAAAAGAAAUGCAACUCCGAGUCAUCUGCUCUCAUCCCUUUCAGCAUCUUCCUUUUUAUCUUCUGAAUCUCUCCCUCUUGCUAGCAAAAGCACUCUUCAUACUCUUAAUUCGUUGCCCUUUGAAGAAAGAUACAUGGAUAGUAGUCAUAUUAGUGAAGUUAGCUGGAAAAAUUCCAAUGGUUGUUUUAUAAAAUUUCGAAAUGGAAAUACUUAUGUUGGUAAAUUUAAGGGUUUGAAUUUCGAUGGCUAUGGUAUUUACCGAUGGUCUGAUGGUUCAAGUUAUAAGGGUAAAUUUCGGAAUAGCAGAAUAAAUGGCGAAGGAAUAAUGAUUUGGCCAGAUUUGAGUUGGUAUCAAGGUCAAUUUACUGAAGGAUUUCGUCAUGGUUUUGGAACAUUUUAUUUAGCAUUUUCACCCAUUGUAUACCACGGAGAAUGGAGUUGGGGUGAAAGACACGGAAAAGGUUUUUUGCUGUAUUCAGACAAUACUUUUUAUGAUGGUGAAUGGAGUAGAAAUUAUCGUGAAGGAGAAGGUGAAUUAUUAUAUCCAAAUGGUUGCCAUUAUUUUGGGAGAUGGUCAUUUCAUCAGCGUAAUGGUUUUGGAAUUUUAUGUUGGCCGAAUAAUGAUUGCUACAAAGGAAAUUGGUUAAAUGGUGAAAUGCACGAUUAUGGUGAAUACGUUUGGAAUGCUGUAAAAAGUAUGAAUUUCUACUUUCCGAUAGAGAAUGUUUACCGUGGUAACUGGAAACAUGGACUUCGUGAUGGCAUAGGUAAAUUAGAAUUUGGUUUUAUAAAUUGUGGACUUUACUAUGGUCAAUUCAGAUCAAAUUUAAAACAUGGUGAUGGUAAAAUUAUUUGUGGAAAUGGUCGUGUAAUUGAUGGGAAACCGUUAUUCUUUAAUGAUAAACCGAUACAUUUAGCAAGUAAUGAUUUAUAUGCCACUUUCAUGAACACACGUAAUUCAGUAAUAUCAGAAAAUUCUUUUGCUGCACCGAAACGUGUUUACGAAACAACAAAACAUCAUGGUUUAUUAUAUUUUCAAUGUGCAAAAACAAUUGAAAUUCCAAUACAUGUGCCAAUGUAUGAAAUUGAUUUUACAUAUCACCUAAAAAAGGCUUAUAAACAGUUAUUUCCAUAUCCGAAAGAUGGAGAAAAGAUUCAAAGUAAUUUAGAAUCACAUAAACUUCAAUGUUUUGAGAAAACUAUUAAACAGAAUUUAUUGAUUUUAUGGAAAAUUUAUAAUUACUAUAGUCGUACCGGUUGCGUAACAAUUACACGGCGUCCAUGCAUUAUGAUACGGCUAAGUUUGUGGCAGUUUUAUCGCGAUUGUAACAUUAAUAAGAAAAUGUCUUUAGUGAAAAUUGAUAAAUUAUUAUAUGCAUGCGAUAACAUAUUAUUGGAAACCAUCCACCAUCCAUUUGAAAGAAUAUAUUUUUGGCAAUUUCUUCAUAGUCUAUUUUGCGUUGCAUGGAGCUUAUAUUCAUAUCCAUUAGAAGGUGGGAAAGGUGUUCCUGAUUCUAUUGCUUUUACUUUUACUAAACUGUUAGAACUAGAUAUUUAUCCAUUUGCAUUUAAAAAUAAUGGGUUUCUGUUUAAAUACCUUGAUAUUGUACCCUUGACUGCAAUGUAUAAGCAUUAUCAAGAUGUGGGUGAACCUUUAUCAAUUAGAAAGUUUUUGAAAAGACUGUUGAGUGCAACCGUAAAAUAUUCGAGAUUUAAAGAUUUAAAAUUAGACGAUUCAAUGCAUUACAAUGGAAAAAAUACCGUAAAUUUUGGAACCUAUAUAGAAUAUAAACCAGUUGAAACUAAUUUAGAAGACCCAAUAAACAGAUUGACGUAUGAGCCAAUAUGCGAGAGCCAUAUAUUUUUUGAGAUGUUACAAGUACUUAAGGUGAAUGAUUUAAUUAAUAUUAUGAUCUAUGUAUGUCCAUUAAUUGAAGAACAAUCACAUAUCGUUAAAUUGGAUUAUGAAUUAACAUUUUUAGAAUAUUUUGAAAUAAUUAUCUGUUGUCUUCAUAUUUAUUACGAUAUAUGUAAAAGUAAACGCAUCUUAAAUCUUUUAAUGUACAAAUAUUCACAUUCCGAUAGAUUAUUAUCGAUAAGGCGAUCUUGUUUCUAA